AAAACGUUGACAAAAGAGAGAGCACACAAAAACACAAAAACGUGCUCGUCUAGAUUUUCUUUUAAUUUUGUUGAAAAUUUAUAUAAAAUUAAAAAACUAAAGAAAGUCUUUUAAUAAAAUUAUCAAAAUGGUACGGCAUAAUAAUCAAUUGCCGGAUAAUCUGCCGCAAUUGCAGAAUUUAAUCAAACGUGAUCCCGAAUCCUACAAAGAUGAAUUUCAACAGCAGUAUAGACAUUUUCUAAGUAGCCUGGAAGUAUUUGCCCUAAAUCCCACCGAGGAAAAUAAAUCCUUAGAUGAAUUAGUAAUGUUUAUAGCGCAAGUGGCCCAAUGUUAUCCUGAUAUUUGUAUACAAUUUCCCCAACAUUUGGUGGAUUUAUUGAAAAAUCAUGCCACCACCUUGGAUCCCGUGAUGCGUAAUUGUUUUGUUAAGGCUUUGAUAUUGCUGCGCAAUAAAAAUCUCAUACCAGCCUUGGACCUGCUGGAGUUAUUCUUCCAACUGUUACGUUGUCCCGACAAACAUUUGCGUACAUUUUUACAGAACCACAUUAUAACGGAUAUUAAAAAUAUGAAUGCCAAACAUAAGGAUAUGAAAUUGAAUUCUACUUUACAAAAUUUCAUGUACUCCAUGUUGAAAGAUGCCAAUCCCAAGGCAGCCAAAAUGUCCGUAGACAUUAUGAUAGAGUUGUAUAAGAAAAAUAUUUGGAAUGAUGAAAAAACCGUUAAUGUUAUAGCCACAGUGGGUUGUUUCUCUAAAAUUACUAAGGUGCAAGUGGCUUCUUUGAAGUUUUUCUUGGGUCAUGAUGAUGAGGAUAAAGGCUCAGAUGAUUCAGACUCUGAACCUGAAAUCGAUUUGAAAUCGGCUCUUAUACAAAGUCGUGUCAAUAAGAAAACAAAAAAACGUAAGAAGCAAUUGGAUCAGAUUAAAAAGCAGGCCGUUAAACAGCAAAAGAAAAAGAAGAAUGCGGUGGCUUUCAAUUUCUCUGCAAUUCAUUUGAUACACAAUCCUCAGGGCAUGGCCGAGGGUCUGUUCAAACAGUUGCAGGCGGGCAAUGAACGUUUUGAGGUUAAACUUAUGCACUUAGAUGUUAUUUCCCGUCUCAUCGGUAUCCACGAAUUGUUCCUUUUCGCUUUUUAUCCCUAUAUUACACGUUUCAUACAGCCACAUCAGCGCCAAGUUACAAGAAUUUUACAGUUCGCCGCUCAGGCUUCACAUGAACUAGUACCGGGCGAUGUGGUGGAGCCCAUACUGAAAACAAUUGCAAAUAAUUUUAUUACUGAGCGCAAUUCCUCAGAUGUCAUGGCUAUAGGUUUGAAUGCAACGCGAGAAAUUUGCCAAAGAUGUCCUUUGGCCAUGGGAGAAGAUUUACUAAGAGAUUUGGCCAUGUAUAAGACCUACAAAGAGAAAUCGGUGAUGAUGGCUGCUCGUUCAUUGAUUAUGUUGUACAGAGAACAGCUACCGGCUUUGUUGCACAAAAAAGAUCGUGGUCGUUUGACGGAGGCCCAAGCUGAACUUAAGCCAAAGGCUUAUGGUGCUGUUGAAAUACAUGAAACAAUUCCCGGUGCCGAGGCUUUAUUGAAAAGUUCUAAAACCAUUGAUUUGGGCAGUGAUGACGAUGAUACGGAUUCGAAUGAUGGUGAAUGGGUCAGUGUAAGUCAUAGUGAGGGCGAAGACAAUGAAGAGGAUGACGAUGAAGCAGCAAGUGAUGAUGAAGAGGACGAUGACGAGGAGGAUGAUGAAGACGAUGACGAGGAUGAUGAAGAUUGUGAGGAUGAAGAUGAUGAAAGUGUUGGUAGUGACGAUGAGGAGGAGGAAGACAAUGAGGAUGAUGAAGAAGAAAAUGACGAAAAAUCCGAAAAUAAUAAGAAUGAAACAAAUAAAACUAAAGCAAACAAAAAUAAAAAGUCUCGAUCCAAUUCCAUUUCCUCAGCCGCCUCAAAAUCUUCCAAAAAUCACAAAGGCAAGAAAAAAUCAACGGAAGUUCCGGAAAAUGCCACCAUACUUAAUGAAAAAGAGGCCGCCCAAGAAUUGGCACUUACACGCAUAUUCACCGAUGAAGACUUCAAACGCAUCAAUGCGGCGAACGUCAAGAAAGCUGUGACAAAUGCCCGCAAGAGGCCACUAGAAAAGGAUCGCGAAGAAUUUGUAAAAUUAGAUAAAAUUGAAAUGAUCUAUAAGAAACGUAAACAUGAUAAAGCUCGUCUGGAAUCGGUACAAAGUGGCCGUACAGAUCGUGAGAAAUUCGGUUGGAAAGAUGGUCGUAAGAAUGAAAAUUGCUCACGUACGAAUCGUGAAAAGGAGAAACGUAAGAAUUUCGUUAUGAUGCGUCACAAGGCUAGAUCCAAGGUGAAGAAGAGUUUCCGCGAUAAACAGCAGGCAAUGAGAAAACAUUUGCUGCACAUAAAGAAAAUGAAAUAAAAUCAAUUUUUUUUUUAAUACAAUGUUAUUACUAUUGUAGAUUUGUUUUUUAGGUAGAGACAAAUAAAAUAAAUUAAAUAUAUAUAUUUUUAUAUU